UGCUCCCGAGCCAAGUUUAGCUGCUCUGCUCCAGCCCAGUUUCCUGAAGUCACAAGGGACCAUGAGGGAAGGGGUCAGCUCUGCCUGUGCCAUGCCAAGGAUGUUCCUGCUGAUUAAAAGGAUCUUUGGGAGCCAUCCUGUGUGCUGUCCAAAUGGAUCCAGUCCACUGACAGAGGAUGAUGUUAAGCCUCACACUCUGAGCAAACCCUGGAAUGAGCAACGACAAUCAGCUGUGGUGGAGACAAAGAAGACGCCUGAGCCCCAAGUCAAGGGGACCCAUGCUCUAUCAGGCUGUCCAAGGCAUGUGAGGAUUAAAAACUGGGGCAAUGGAAUGACAUUCCAAGACACUCUACACCACAAAGCCAAAUUGGCUAUUGAUUGCCAGUCGAAAACUUGCCGGGGGUCAAUCAUGACCCCUAAGAGUAUGACAAGAGGGACUAGAGACAGUCCGAUCCCUCCGGGAGAGCUUCUGCCUCAAGCCAUCGACUUCAUCAACCAGUAUUACAGCUCCUUCAAAGAGGCAAAAAUAGAGCAGCAUUUGGCCAGAGUGGAAGCAGUAACAAAAGAGAUAGAAACAACAGGAACCUACCAGCUGACGGAAGAUGAGCUCAUUUAUGCAACCAAGCAGGCCUGGAGAAAUGCCCCUCGGUGCAUUGGGAGGAUCCAGUGGUCAAACCUGCAGGUGUUUGAUGCUCGAAACUGCACAACAGCCAAGGAGAUGUUUGAGCACAUCUGUCAGCAUAUCCGCUAUGCAACCAACAAUGGAAAUAUCAGGUCAGCCAUUACCAUCUUUCCCCAGAGGAGUGAUGGGAAACAUGACUUCCGGGUCUGGAAUGCUCAGCUCCUUCGAUAUGCUGGCUACCAGAUGCCAGAUGGCUCCAUCGUAGGAGAUGCCGCCAGCAUUGAGUUCACCCAGCUGUGCAUAAACUUGGGAUGGGUGCCCAAAUAUGGCCGCUUUGAUAUCUUGCCUCUCGUGUUACAAGCCAAUGGCCAGGAUCCAGAAGUCUUUGACAUCCCAAAAGACCUUGUCCUUGAGGUGGCUAUAGAACAUCCCAAGUAUGAGUGGUUCAAGGAACUGGAUCUGAAGUGGUAUGCUCUGCCUGCCGUGGCCAACAUGCUCCUGGAAGUGGGUGGCCUAGAGUUCCCCGGGAGCCCAUUUAAUGGCUGGUACAUGGGGACUGAGAUCGGUGUCCGAGAUUUCUGUGAUGUCCAGAGGUACAAUAUCCUAGAGGAAGUUGGAAGGAGAAUGGGUCUGGAAACCCACAAGUUGUCUUCUCUCUGGAAGGACAGGGCAGUGAUUGAGAUCAAUGUGGCUGUGCUACACAGUUUCCAAAAACAAAAUGUCACCAUCAUGGAUCACCACUCCGCAGCGGAAUCCUUCAUGAAAUACAUGCAGAAUGAACACAAGUCUCGAGGCGGCUGCCCGGCAGAUUGGGUCUGGCUGGUCCCACCGAUCUCUGGCAGCAUCACCCCCGUGUUUCAUCAGGAGAUGCUAAACUACAUUCUUUCUCCUUUCUACUACUACCAGGUGGAGGCCUGGAAAACCCAUGUCUGGCAUGAUGAGAAGAAGAGGCCCAAGAAAAGAGAGAUCAAAUUAAAGGUCGUGAUCAGAGCAGUGUUCUUUGUCUCUGUCCUGAUGUGCAAGACCAUGGCAGCUCGGAUCAAAGCCACUGUCCUCUUUGCGACAGAGACGGGCAAAUCAGAAACUCUGGCCAGGGAUUUGGGAGAGUUGUUCAGCUGUGCUUUCAAUACCAAGAUUCUCUGCAUGGACGAAUACAAAGUGAGUGACUUAGAAAAAGAGAAGCUACUUCUGGUGGUUACCAGCACUUUUGGAAAUGGGGAUUCUCCUGGGAAUGGUGAGAAACUGAAGAAGUCCCUGUUUCUCCUGAAAGAGCUAAAAAAUAAAUUCAGAUAUGCUAUAUUUGGUCUUGGCUCCAGCAUGUACCCCCAAUUCUGUGCCUUCGCCCAUGAUAUCGAUCAGAAGUUUUUGCAGCUAGGGGCCUCUCAACUUGCACCCACUGGAGAAGGAGAUGAGCUCAGCGGCCAAGAUGAGGCCUACCGCAGCUGGGCACUGCAUACCUUCAAGGUGGCCUGUGAGACCUUUGACAUCCAAGCCAGGCAAACAAUUCAGAUCCCCAAGUUGUAUACUACCAAUGAAACCUGGAACCCUGAAAAUUAUCGCCUUGUACAGGAUCCCCAGCCCCUGGACCUCAACAAAGCCCUUAGCAGUAUGCACGCCAAGAAUGUGUUUUCCAUGCGGCUCAAAUCGAGACAGAAUUUGCAGAGUCUCAAAUCCAGCCGAGCAACCCUCCUCGUUAAGCUUUCCUGUGAAGGAAAUGAGAAUCUGAAUUAUGUACCAGGAGAGCAUCUUGGGGUUUUUCCUGGCAACCAGCCCACCCUAGUUCAGGGCAUUAUAGACCGAGUUAAGGAUGGCCCAUCACCUCACCAAUCCAUCUGUCUAGAAACCCGCAGUGAGAAUGGUGAUUACUGGAUAAGUGAUAAGAAGCUUCCCCCCUGCUCGCUCAGCCAGGCCCUGACGUAUUUCCUGGAUGUCACUACCCCCCCAACCCAGCUGCUGCUCCGAAAGUUGGCUCAACUGACCACCUCAGAGGAAGAGAAGAGGCGGCUGGAGGUGCUGUGCCAGACCUCUGAAUACAAUAAAUGGAAAUUUAACAACAGCCCCACAUUCCUGGAGGUGCUGGAAGAGUUUCCCUCCAUCCAGAUCUCAGCUACUUUCCUGCUCACGCAAUUGCCCCUGCUGAAGCCUCGCUACUAUUCCAUAAGCUCAUCUCGGGACCUCACCCCCAAGGAGAUCCACCUGACCGUGGCUGUGGUCACUUACCGGACCAGAAAUGGUCAGGGCCCCCUCCACCACGGGGUCUGCAGCACAUGGCUCAGCAACCUGAACCUCCAGGAGACUGUGCCCUGCUUUGUACGCAGUGCCAGCGGCUUCCAACUGCCAGAGAACCCCAGCCACCCCUGCAUUCUGGUGGGGCCAGGUACCGGGAUUGCCCCCUUCAGAAGUUUCUGGCAGCAGCGACUGGUGGACAGAGAGAAGAAAGGUAUCAAGACCGCCAGCAUGACCUUGGUGUUCGGAUGCCGACACCCAGACAUGGACCACCUGUAUCGAGAGGAGAUGAAGGAGAUGACACUGAAGGGGGUGCUCCGGGAUGUCUACACAGCCUACUCCCGCCAGCCUGGCCAGUCCAAAGUCUAUGUUCAGGAUAUCCUGAGGCAGAGCUUGGCAGAUGAGGUGAUUCGGGUACUGCAUGAGGACAAAGGGCACCUGUACGUCUGUGGGGAUGUGAGGAUGGCCCGGGAUGUGGCCCAGACUCUGAAGGAUCUCUUUGCCAACAGACUGAAGAUGAAUGAAGAGCAGACUGAGAACUAUUUCUUCCAACUCAAGAGCCAAAAGCGAUACCAUGAAGACAUCUUUGGGGCUGUCUUUCCCUAUGAGGUGAAAACUGACCCAGCAGCAUCAAAACCUGAGGAGGCCAAGAUCCCUGAGGCAAAGCUCAGCUAGAGCUACUGCAGAGGGGUGUGGCCACUUCUUCAUCAUCUGUGGCCACAGAGGGAAGGAGAUUUGACCUCCUCCCCCCACUUCCUCCCACCCCUGACUUCUGCCCCCACUGACCUCUGCCUGCUGCCAGGGAAACAAACUGAGAUUGGCUCCUUCUCCAUCUCCUCUUCCUGCCCCACCUGCCACCUGUGGCUGCUGCUAACCUGCCAGUGAAGGUGGGCAACAGAGAAGAGAAAGGACUAUGCUGGGAACUCACACCACCCCUAAACCAGGUCCACUGCUGACCCCCUCCCCCAGCCCCAGAUGAUGGAGAGUUGGCUGUCUUCAUCCCACAAGGACCCAGUUGCACCUUUGGGCAAAGACUGGGCAGGCACAUUUGGAUCCUUUUAGACUAAGGGACCACACAGAUAAAGAUAAAAAGAAGAUAAAAAAGACAGGCAAGCUUUUUCUGUAAUCAUGGCUAGGGCCAACAUGUGGUUAUUCUGUUUACAAUGGGUGUGUUGUGCUGUAAUCCUCAGGCUUGCCAAGAACCGAGCUACUGUAAGGGACUGCAGGCAGGCCAAUUAGUAUGUACAGUUAUUUAUAUUGUCUUUAUUUAAAACCCCCCAAACCCCACAUGGGAGAAAUUCUUCUCCCAAGUGCCCCUUGGGCUUACCCAGAAUGGUUACUAAAGAUGAUUUUUAAAAAAUGAAUUUUGGAUACUCAGACAAAUCCCAUCUCUGACCCAUACAUUGCUGUGUGAUGCCGGAUAGGUAACUUAACCUCUCACUGCUCUGGUCAAUUUUCUCAGACUGAGCUGAAGAGAAGGUGCUAGCCUGUAUUGAUGGAAGGAGUUUACUCACCAAAAGCUCUCUCUAUCAGUGAAUCCUAGGUUUAUUCCCUACCCCUAUCCCUUAGACAUAUAUAGACAAGCAAGUGACAAAUAGGGAACUUGGAUGUUGUAAGACCCAGGUUCAAAUCCCAUCUCUGACACUUCUUAGCUGUGUGACCCUGGGAAAAGUAAGUCACCUAACUUUGAGCCCCAGAUAAUUGUGAUCUGUGUGACUAUCCAGACGCCUGAGAGUGACAGACACCUCUGGAGGCACUGAGUGGACUGACAGCUGGUGCUGGGUUAAGUCUGAACCAGCACCAGUUUCACUUGUGACAGAGCUCUCAUUCUUGAAGCCUGUGCCCCUUGGCAUCAUGGGAUUGUCUAUUUAGACUAGGAAGGAAGCUCGAGGUUCCUCUAGUACAACUCCUUCCUUUUAGAGAGGAGGAUUUUGAGACUCGAGGGCCAAAGACCACAUGGGCAGAAUGAGCUCUUGAACACAGGUCCUCUGAGUUCAGGGCCAGUAUUCCAUCUGCAAUGCAGAAGCAGCUGCUACAUGGGGAAGCAGAAAUGAGACAGAAGACAAAGCAUCUGUAUAAUGGAAACAUGAGGAGGGAGGGAAAAGGGUGGGAAAGAGGAAACAUAGGCACACAUUUGGGGUAUGGUUGGGAAAUGGGCUUUGUCUCUCAAUGGACAGUGUCUCCUAUUAUUUUUGAAAAGUGGGGUUUCUUUUCUGUUACUAUACCGACACUAAGGAUGGAGGCUGGAAUGAAAUGGACUGGGCUCUCACUGUCCACUUUCUUCAGGAACUGGCUUAGAUUCAGUUGGAUUCUACCUUUACCAAUAAAUGACUUUGCACUUAGGAAAAGA